AUGACUCAAUCUACUGAAGCCACGAGUGAAAACGUGGAAAGUGGUAUUGAGACACCAUUAUUAUUCAGCGAGAAGAAGCUCGGAGUAGAAUCGCCGUUCGAUGAUGACAGCAUUUUAGGAGGAUAUUCUGUCUUGACCAAGUCCAUGAUUGGUAGUGGUAUGCUUGGCAUGGCUUAUGCAGGGUGUCAAUGGGGUUUUGUGAUGGGUAUUGUGGCUUGCCUAGUUACGGCUGGUAUAACGUAUUUUACGGUAUACAUUUUAGCCGUUAUGGCCAUGGAGUUUAUAUCCGCUUCUACAAGAGAGCUUUCCUUUUUCAAUGUUGCCAAACUUGUAUCUCCUAAAACUAGCUGGUAA